GAGCGCCACCGGCCCGGCCCGGCCAUGGAGGAGCCGCUGCGGCCCUUCCGCCUGCGCGGGUGCGACAACCCGCAGAAGUUCGGGGUGGCGGCCGGGAGCCUGCGCGGGUUGCUGAGGAAGGGCUGCCGGCUGCUGCAGCUUCCCUUGGCAGGCAGCCGCCUCUGCCUCUACGAGGACGGCACGGAGCUGACCGAGAGCUACUUCCGAGCGCUGCCGGCGCAGACGGAGCUGGUGCUGCUGGGCCCCGGGGAGAGCUGGCGGGGCUGUGCCAGCGACAUCGAGCGGCUCCUGGCCGCGUUCUGCAGCCAGCAGGGCGCUGUGGUGGAGGCUGCGCGGAGGCUGCUGACGGACGAGCGGGCUCCCCACAGGCAGAAGCUGCUGGCGGAUCUCAUCCACAACCUGAGCGAAAACAUCCUGGCCGAGGACAAGGAGGAUGAUAAGAAAUGGUUUGAAGGACUGGAGUCUCGGUUCAAGAACAAAUCCAGCUACCUGCGGCAUAGCUGUGAGAGCAGAAUGCGGGGCUACAUGAGAGAGGUUACUGGUUUUAUUUCAAACGUUCAUCCUGCAGCACGAGAUGCCUACAGAGGGAUAAUCGACCUGAUGGCAGAUAAACUGAAAUCUGUGAAGUACAACGGGUGCUACUUUGACAGAAGGGAGGAGGAGGAGGCAGCACGCCUGUGCACUGCAGAGGGGUGGUUCUCCUGUCAGGGACCUUUUGACAGAGAUGACUGCCCGUGUAAGCAUUCCAUCAACCCCUACAGCAACAGGGAAAGCAGGAUCCUCUUCAGCACCUGGAAUCUCGACCACAUAAUUGAGAAGAAACGUGCUGUUGUCCCAGAACUGGCAGAAGCUGUCAAAACACGAGACGGGAGAGAAGUGAACUGGGAAUACUUCUAUCAGCUGCUGUUUACCCUGGAUAAUUUAAAACUCGUACAUAUUGCUUGCCAUAAGAAAACCAAUCAUAACCUCAGCUGUGACAAAAGCAGAAUUUUCAGAAAGAGGAAGCAAACCCAUGAGAUUUCCUAGCGCUGUCUCUGGAAGGGACCUGCUGCUUUUUUCAAUCGUGUCAGUCUGUUGUUUUUAAAUAGCUCCAAUUUCUUAAAUAAGAACUAUUUGAGAAUCCCUGGCACAAGAGUGGCUGGGUAACCCAACCAGAGCCUCACAAAGCACACUCCAAUAUCCCAUUUAAUUCUCUUCUCCUGCCUUCCCACUCCUUACAAGCUUCCCUCAAAUCAAGCUCAAAUCAAGUGUGAUAAAGGUACAAAAUGAGCCAGAGGCUGACUCUGAUUCUACCCUGUCAUCUAAGGCCAACACAGUACACAGAAAUGAAACUUGGAUAAAACAUUUUUUACAAACUAACCUGCAGGGGCUCAUAGGCUCCUAUUCUUCUGGAGAUUAAGCCAAAAAAACAAAGAAGGAUUUAGGAUCAUGUUUUAUCUGUGCCUUUCUCAGGUAGCUUCAGGAAUUCCAAAGGUGGUUCAGCAGCAGAGCUGCCACCUCACCUGUGCCAAACCCCUGCCCUCAUCCCCACCUGCCCCUUUGCCAUUGCUUCAGAUGUGCAUCUCCUAGAAAGAAUAGCAAGACCAUGGCUUUUUUUUUUUUUGCCUUUCCCACCUUUGUUUGCCAUCUUCCCUGCUGAUUUCCCUCUCCUUUCUAACACUUUCUGCCUCCAGCUUGAGAGUUUUACUUGAUACACCACCAGAAAGGACAGCUAUAAUGAUCAUGUUUACAGUAAUGUUUACCCACUGCCUUGGAGAAUAUUGCUUUGGUAAAACAUUUCCUACCUCAGGCAAACAAAUCAGGAAUAGUUCAAUUUUUUACUUGAAUUUCUUUUUUUUAAUACCAGCUGAUAGCAACUGAACUUUUGGGAUUGUCAAUGUAAAUCAUGUGAACAUUUUAAAUAAAAAAAAUUCCCC